AAAAAGCCACUCACAUUUUCCUCUUUAAAGCCUCAUCAAUGGCUCUUCCUGUUUCCCUCAAUACUUCUUCACCCCCAACACUUCUAGAGAGAGAAAGUAGAGAGAGAAACACUAAACACAACAAGAAAAAAAAAACCAAUAUUCUCCAUUGAUAUAUUUUGUAAGAGUUUUUGUCUAGUGAAAGAACAGAGUAAAAAUGGUUCCUAACAAGCAAGCUGAAUCUGAAGAAGCUAUAGUUCCUGGAGAAAUGAAAGGUUCAAAUGAGCUAGAACAUGUAGAAGGAGAUGAAGAGGUUGACCAGUCAAUGUCUGGUUUCAAGAACUUUCUUUGGCAUGGUGGUUCUGCUUAUGAUGCUUGGUUUAGUUGUGCUUCUAACCAGGUGGCUCAAGUGCUCUUGACUUUGCCAUACUCUUUCUCUCAAUUGGGUAUGCUAUCAGGAAUCAUAUUACAAGUGUUUUAUGGUCUUCUUGGAAGUUGGACUGCUUAUCUCAUAAGUGUUCUCUAUGUGGAGUAUAGAGCAAGAAAGGAGAAAGAGAAUGUCAGCUUCAAGAACCAUGUCAUUCAGUGGUUUGAGGUGCUAGAUGGGCUUUUAGGCCCACACUGGAAAGCUGUGGGGUUAGCCUUCAACUGCACAUUCCUCUUAUUUGGCUCUGUCAUACAACUCAUAGCCUGUGCAAGCAAUAUAUACUAUAUAAAUGAUCAUUUGGACAAGAGGACAUGGACAUAUAUAUUUGGAGCGUGUUGCGCUACGACAGUCUUCAUACCCUCUUUCCACAACUACAGAAUUUGGUCGUUUCUUGGGCUCGGCAUGACCACCUACACUGCUUGGUACCUAGCCGUUGCAGCCCUGAUCCAUGGCCAGGAUGAAGGUGUGGUUCAUUCGGGUCCUAAAAAGCUGGUUUUGUACUUCACCGGAGCCACAAACAUACUCUACACUUUUGGUGGACACGCGGUCACAGUUGAAAUAAUGCACGCGAUGUGGAAGCCACAGAAAUUUAAGUACAUAUAUCUAUAUGCUACGCUAUAUGUAUUCACAUUAACACUCCCGUCAUCUGCCGCAAUGUAUUGGGCCUUCGGUGACAAACUUUUAAACCACUCUAACGCGUUCUCACUUCUACCAAAAACUCGUUUUCGUGAUGCGGCUGUUAUCCUCAUGCUAAUCCAUCAGUUUAUAACAUUUGGUUUCGCGUGUACGCCACUGUAUUUUGUGUGGGAGAAAGUGGUGGGGAUGCAUGACACAAAGAGCAUAUGUUUACGCGCAUUGGCUAGGUUGCCCGUUGUGAUACCGAUCUGGUUCCUAGCCAUCAUCUUCCCGUUUUUUGGUCCGAUCAAUUCGGCUGUUGGGGCUCUGUUGGUUAGCUUCACCGUUUACAUUAUCCCGGCUUUAGCCCAUAUGCUCACUUACCGAAAGGCUUCUGCUCGCCAGAAUGCGGCGGAGAAGCCACCGUUCUUUAUGCCAAGCUGGACCGCCAUGUACAUAGUCAACAUAUUCAUUGUGGUUUGGGUUUUUGUCGUCGGGUUUGGGUUUGGAGGGUGGGCCAGCAUGACAAACUUCAUCAACCAAGUCGACACCUUCGGUUUGUUUGCAAAGUGUUACCAAUGCAAGCCGCCAACAGCGGCACCACAUAACCAUUGAGUUUGAUGUUUAUGGUUCGUUGGUUGUUUUUCGUUGACUUUGUGUUGGUUUUAGUAAUUUAGUCUAGCGAUAAGCUGAUAAUAUAUGUAGUGUGCAAAAUGGUUGAUGAAUUUAGUCAUGGUGGGAAUAUAAACAUAGGUUUGUUUUUGCUUUGCUUUGUUGUUAUGACAUUUUUAUGAAUAUAUCGACUUAAAGUCUUCGUUAUGAAAUUUAUUUGAUUA